UCUCUGUCUAUCUGUUUCAGUGCGUCCGUUUCCAAAUUUCAAUUUCAAUCGGCUUGCCUGGCAUCAAAAACGGCCCAGAACGGAUACUUCGCCGGUCGUCGUAUGUGCUCUUCUCAACCCCUAUCUAUCACCCUUCGCCUUCCCUGAUCCAAUCGAUUCGAGUGUCUGUCUCCAGGCUUUCGCUCUGAAUUUCUUGCAGUGUCUCGCCAAGUUGAGAAAUCACCUAGAGCGAGAAGAGCGAGGUGAGGGGGGAGAUCCAUAGGAAUAGGAUUUGUACUGAGAUGUCUCGAUGUUCUGUCUCUCGCAAGAACGUUCUGUUUGAGGUCUUGCUGUGGUGAGGAUUUCCGCAUUGCUCGCAGCAGAAGUCGGGGAGCUGUUGCUUUCACUCUCCUUUCUGUCUGCUGUGGAUUGGUGUGUGGUUCAAUUGAGUGAGGUUAGGUUUCUUUCAUGGUCGCUUUGAUGUGCGCAAUCGGGUCGCGUUCUUGCACUCUGUCUCAGACCUGUGGUGAUUGGAACAAUUGUGAACGUGUAUUGGCGACUGAGUAUUGGGCGCAAUUCUUGCACUCUCAGCAAUUAGGUGGGUGCUAUACCGGGCGGCCCGCAGGCAAUUUUUGCUCUCGUCGAAAAGUCGCAGGCUAGUACGCAAUACACAGGAAUGCAACAUUUCCAGUCCGCUGCCAGUAGGGCAACUCUUUUUGGCGAUCCGAAGCCCGUUCGUAGCUUUGUUUCCAGCCGAUCAAACGCCUUGAGAGGACUAAAACAUUUUUCCUGGAUGCGAUAAUAACAAUCCGAGCGAGUGCCUAACUUCAACUGCAUUGCCUCAGGCACGUCGUGACCCAACGUUCUUCUUUCAAUUGUUGUGAUACAUUGCAGUGGUAGCUCCAAAAGCAUCCAGCACAUUUGAUGUGCAAUUCAUAGAGUCCUGUAGUGCUCGUUUAGGGGUUGCAAGGAAGCGCCUGGCGAAAUUCGUCAUGCGUGGUUCACCGUAGUCUGCCGCUGCGUGAGGCUGUCCGGAGCCCAACAUUGCGCGAGUUGAGGAUGACAGGUGGACUGGAUAGUGCAAGACUGUUGCGCCCGCGUCCUCCUGGUUCUGUCUCGGGGACGGCCUCGGAUGAGGCGAGGCGAACGAGAGCAGCAGCCAAACGCUCGGCCACGGAAGACAGCUGCUCGAGACCUGGGAGUAGUGUCGGCAACUGUAAGAAACCCGUCGGUGCGCAGCCGGUUAGGAAGCGUGCCGCUCUUUCGGACAUCUCGAACCAGUCGAAUGUUGGUGGAAGUGGGAGGCCCAUCGGUGGGGCGGGUGACGGAAAGGGCGUGGAUUUGGAAGCUGCGCAGAGCGGGCAAGGAAAUGAGAAUGUGUGUCCCGGAAAGGUGCCCCAGGUGUCCAGUAAGGGAAAGGAACAGGAGGUGGUGUUGGUGUGUGGGACUGAUGGUGCUCCGAGGGGCGAGUCGGAAGCGAUAGCGUCUUUGGAGAGGCGAACUUUGCAGAACCUGCGCUUAUCCCAAGAGGCGAAGGAUCGGACGAAGCAAGGGGACCUGUUCGGCGGGAAGAGACGCACGGAAUCGCGAGAGCGGUCGAGCGGGGGAUCGAGGUAUGAGGACAUCGACAACGAUCACUCGGACCCUCAGAUGUGUACUACGUACGCGACGGACAUUUACGCCCACCUGCGAAUGGCGGAGAUGAAAAGGCGGCCAUCGGCGAACUUCAUGGAGUCGAUGCAACAGGACAUCAACCCGAGCAUGCGAGGAAUUCUGGUGGAUUGGCUGGUUGAGGUUGCGGAGGAAUACAAGCUUGUGCCCGACACUUUGUACCUGACGGUGUCGUGCAUCGAUCGAUACCUUUCUGCACAUGUGGUGACCCGACAACGGCUUCAGCUGCUGGGUGUGGCUUGCAUGCUGAUCGCUGCAAAGUACGAGGAGAUAUGCGCCCCCCAAGUAGAGGAGUUCUGCUACAUCACGGACAACACGUACGGGCGCGAAGAGGUGUUGGAGAUGGAGAGGGGAGUUCUCCGGGUGUUGAAGUUCGAGCUCACGACUCCGACGAUCAAGAGCUUCCUGAGACGGUUCAUCAGAGCGGCCCAAGCAGGUUGCGAAGCUCCGGCGCUGGUGCUGGAGUUUCUGGGGAACUAUCUGGCGGAGCUGACGCUUGUGGAGUACGGGUUCUUGCCAUUCCUGCCGUCUAUGAUAGCCGCGUCUUGCGCGUAUUUGGCGAGAGUGACGCUGGACUCGUCGAGACGUCCGUGGGACGCCACAUUGCAGCACUACACGGGGUACAGGCCAUCAGAACUGGAGCAGUGUGUGAGGGCCAUGCACGAGUUGCAGUGCAAUACGAGGGGGUGCACACUUCCUGCGGUUCGAGAGAAGUACAGGCACCACAAGUUCAAGUGCGUGGCAGCCCUGGUUCCACCAGCCGUGCUUCCAGAGGAGUACUUCCGGGAGCUGGAAUGAGAAGCGGGGACGAGUAGGGUGGCGGUGGAGGUGCGGCGAAGAAUAAGAGCAUAGAUCCACCAAGGGGGAACGGUAAGACUAGGAUUGUGCAUAUGCGUGGAUGUUGUGAGAGCGCCGAAGAUGGCGGCAUUGUUCACGAGCGCGAUCGGGUUGUGGAGCGUGCGCCCUGGAAAGAAGCACGUCGCAAGCUCCAGGGUCGGAGGGUGGGGCAGCGGGGUGAAAGAAAGGGAAGCGGUUGGAGGGCGGGUCGUGGUGAGUGACGAUGGAAGUUGUGGGCAUUGGAGGGGAGCGGUUGUAGAUGUCACGCCCGCGGCACAUGGGAGCCUGAGGUGUGGCAUGCAGCCAUGCAGGCCAGUCAACGGCGGACGAGAGGACGCAGCGUUGGCUUGUGCAUUUGGCUGGUAGUGGUGCUCCAGUUGGGAGGUUGGUGGCAGGCAGCAGAAUGUAGCACCACAGCGGGGCAAAAGGCCAGAGUGUAAUAAUAUGUAAACUCCAGGGAGAGCAUUUGAGAAACAUUUUUUUUUAUAAAAUUGAUAGUGAAAAGCAGGAAUAGAUUUUGAAA